AAGAACAUUAUUCAACAGCACGUACAGUAUAUAAAUGUCUAAUACUGCAUUGCGAUACAAGCAUUCACAGUGCGAGCACUAGCAACAUAAGAUUUCAACAUGAAAGUAACAGUAGUGUUCGUGGUCUUGGCAAUCGUGAUGUGCGCCAUGGUCCAGGAAUCCAAGCAAUUAGAUAGCCGUUGGUGGCCGUGUCGCUACUAUGGGCGUAGAUGUAGGUUGCCACGGGGUUGCUCAUUAAUCUGUUCGUCGAACACUUCAUCAUCAACAAUGGCACCAGAAACAACACCAACAAUAACAGAAACAACAGCAGUGUCGACAGACACAACACCAAUGAUGACAGAAACAUCAGUAGUGCCGACAGACACAACACCAACGAUGACAGAAACAUCAGCAGUGCCGGCAGACACAUCACCAAUGAUAACAGAAACAUCAGCAGUACCGGCAGGUACAACACCAACGAUGGCAAAAACAACAGUAGUGCUGGCUGACACAUCACCAAUGAUAACAGAAACACCAGUAGCGCCGGCAGUCAGAAACACCUCAGAUACUACUACAGGUGGAAAAUAAUGCACUCCAUUGGAUCUAACUUUAUUUGAAAUGAAAGAACAAAUGCAAAAAUUACAAUCAGUUGGAAACAACGACGCAAUGUUAAGAUUUUACUAAGAAAUGAUAUAAUUGCACAUUUGUAGAGUAGUAUCUGAAUAAAGAUAUAUUGAACGCUUAA